AUGAAUGUUCCUCUCUCCCAUUUUGCCUUCGCUCUGCAGUUGAUUUGCGCCGCUGUGGUUGCCGUCUCUGCCGCUGUAGUCACUGGAUCCGUUGGAUACGUCUCCUUGGAGGACCAACUUCUGGAAGAAGGUACUAUCAGUGGUUCAGGACGCAGGACUUGCAGGCUUUACUGUCGGGUUGGCAUUGGUUUCCAUCUCCAGAUCCACACUGACGGAAGAGUCAACGGCAGUCAUGAACCUAAUCAGUUGAGUGUCCUUGAGCUCUUUGCGGUUUCUCAGGGGGUCAUCGGUAUCCGAGGAGUCUACAGCAACAGAUUUCUAGCCAUGAACAAGAGAGGAAGGCUGCAUGCCGUCGAGCGGUUCACGGACGACUGUAGGUUCCGGGAGCGUUUCCAGGAGAACAGUUACAACACGUACGCCUCGGUGUUGCACCGGAACCACCGGACGGGACGGGACUGGUACGUGGCCCUGAACAAGAGAGGCAAAUCCAAGAUGGGCUCCAGCCCCAGGGUCAAAUCACAGCACGUUUCCACGCACUUCCUCCCCAGGCUCAAUGUGCACCACCUGCAGAGCGUUCGAGGCUUCGCCAUCACCAACAGGAGCAAAGAGAGGAGGAACAGCCUUCCACCACAACCGGCACUCGCCAAACCGCCCUCACAGCCAAAUGCAGGGACAAGGAAGAGGGUGCAGACUGUCAAGUACUGGCCCAAGUUUCGGUUUGGAUAG